UUUAAGGAUGUAAAAUAAUAUAAAACUUGUACUAUAAGUUAUAGUAAAAAUGAUGAUUGUAUAUUUUUCAAUCUAACGUGACAAAGUCAUUUCGGCAACUAGUUUACCAGUUUCAGUUGGAUUAAACUUGCUGACAUAGUAACUACGAGUUCGAGGUGGAGAUUAGCAAUUUAUAAUUGCUCCAGUUGCACAACAUUUAAGAUGACUUCUCAACUUUUGGUUACUUUUGGUGCUUUGGCUGAUGUCCAGUAUGCAGAUUGUGAGGACCGACCUGCACAUUAUAACCCACUCUUGUGUCGUUACUACAGGGAGGCUUUGGAUCAUGUAGACAGUGCUUUUUGUGAGUGGGAAAGAGAAGGGUCAGUUAAUUUUGUGCUGCAACUUGGUGAUAUUAUUGAUGGACUUAAUCGGAAUGAUGCUAGCUCUCAUAUAGCAAUGAAGAGGACACUAGCUCGUUUUGAGAAAUAUGCAAACAUCCCAACCUUCCAUACUGUAGGUAAUCAUGAACUGUAUAAUUUCUCAAGAAAAGAAUUGACUGGUUUCUUUUGGGAAUCUCUGUCACACUUGGAUGUGUCGGAGCAUAUACUUGCUCCUCCAGAUGUGCCCACUUGCUUGACUUCUCCAUUGUAUUAUACAUUUAGUCCCGUUAAAGGGAUCAAGUGUAUUUCUUUGGACUGUUUUGAAGUCAGUGUUAUUGGUUACGAGCCUUCCCAUCCUCGUUACGUGCAGGCAGCAGAGAUUCUGUAUUCUCAUCAUGGCCAUUACGAUUUUGAUGGAUGGGAUUGUGAUCACUUCCUCCACGGCCGUAACAAGCGUUUUCAAGCUCAGAAUGGAGCAGCUAGCGAAGAACAGUUGGAUUGGUUAGACAAAGAACUGCAGGAUUCUGACACAAAUGGAGAAAAAGUUAUUUUGUUUGGUCAUGUUGCUCUUUGUCCUGGAAGUGUAGAUGACAGCUGUCUCCUGUGGAAUUAUCAAGAAGUUAUGGAUGUCUUUCAUCGCCACAGUUCUGUGGUUCUUUACUUGUGUGGUCAUGCCCAUAAAAGUGGCUAUGCUGUAGACUCCCAUGGAGUCCACUAUCUUGUAUUAGCUGGUAUCAUCGAGACUUCCCCCUUGGAACAAGCCUUCAUGACUCUUUCCGUGUACGAGGACAAGAUAGAAGUAAUUGGAUAUGGUCGGGAACAUAGUCGCACGCUCUUUCUUAGACCGGCCACAGUUGCACCCGUGGAAGCUGAGGAAAUUGAGUUGUCAGCAGAAGACAUUACAUCGACACUUUCCACACUGUCUGUCAAGGUAGUGGUGUAAAUAAAUAAAUCCUGUAAGUAUGAUCUUAUUUUCUUACAUUUAAGUUUUACUGUGUAAUAACCGUGUAAGUACAUUACAUGUGAUCCUGAUAGGGGCAGUGUACACAUAGUAUUUCUAAGCAUUCAAAAACAAUCGUACCUCACAACAUAUUCUGUCUCAGCCUAGAAUCUUCAGUGAUCUCACUGUUGCAACUAAUUAUACAUGUAAAAAUUUGUGGAGGAAUGCUUCGGUUACAUUUCUUCUCCGGGCUUGAGAUGAUGAAGUUUUGUAUAUUUGAGAAAAACAAAAUUUUAAAUGACUAUUUUGUGGUCUGUAAUACAUUCUUUAGGGAGCUCCUCCUAAAAAUUAUUUAAAAAAAAAGUUAAUUUUUUUUCCCCCACUUUCAGAAAUUUAAAUAAUUUUUUUUCAGUUAUUUAGAUUAUAUUACUGUCAAAUGUGACAUUCUGCUAUGAAUAUUGUGUUAAUUGUGUUUGGCAGUAAACAAAGAUUGACACAAUUUCAAUCAGCAAAAGUGUUGGACAAAGCCUAAUGAUUAGCUUGCCUGGACUCUUAAUUAAGUCUGACGAUUCCUAGUCCGUACAUAUUCCAUUACUGCUAAUUAAAUUAUGGAACCAUGAAUGUGCUAGUGAUGGUUAAGUCCCACUGUUCAGUUAGACAAGAGCAGCCCAAAUGUUUGUGGUUAGUGCUUUUGUCUAACUGCUCCCCCUCUAGUCCUUUUUAUUAUUAACAUCAUAAUUAAAGGAAAAAAAUUAAUAUUUAAAUUAUGUUAUCUGUUUUUAUUUUCUGAAGGCCAGUUUUGUUUAGGGAAAAACUUUAUCACACAACAGUAUUAAUAACUACUAUUAUAAAUGUUAUUUAUAAACAAUAUAUAAUAUUUA